GUGUGUGUCAGCGCCCUUUGAUUCUCUCUCUUCCUCUCUCUCUCUCUCUCUGAAUCUUCCUUCUUAUUCAAUGAUCUUGUUUUACUAGAAAUUUUUUUUUGGGGGUUUCUUCUGGGUUCUUGGGGAAAGAUUCUUGAGCGAUUGUUGUUCUUGGGGUUGUUGUUAAUUUUUGUUUUUUGGUUCAAAUUAACAAACUUUAAGGUGAAAACGAUCAUGGGUGGUUCUGAUGAAAACAAUUCUAAUUCAACCUUGCCCAGAAUUCUUCAAGCAGGGAUGAAUAAUCAGAAUCAGAAUGUUGGUACAAGAAAGUUUGGACAGAACAGAAGAGCAUUGAGUGUGAUCAAUCAGAAUCUAGUGCAAGGUCGAUCUUACCCUUGUGUUGUUAACAAGAGACCUUUGCCUGGAAAACAAGAAAUGUGUGAAAAGAAGCAGGCAGAUCCAGUGCAUCGUCCCAUCACAAGAAGGUUUGCUGCUCAAAUUGCUUCCCAGCAGCAACAAUCUUGUGCUGAGGAUCCUACCAAGUCGAACCCCUCGAAUUCGACCAGAUUUGAAGACCUAAUCCUCAUUGAUGAGGAACAAAAGUUAACAGCAGAUCAACCAGUGCCCAUGUCCUUGGAGAAACCAAAACUAGUGCAGGAGGAAAUUGAGAUGGAGGAUAUAGUUGAGGAGGACUCUAUUAUAAACAUCGAUAGCAGCGAUGUGGAUGAUCAUCUUGCGGUGGUGGAAUACAUCGAAGAUCUUCAUGCACACUACAGGAAAUUUGAGAGUUUGAACUGUGUCUCGCCGGAUUAUAUGGCGCAACAAUUUGACAUUAAUGAAAGAAUGAGGGCUAUACUUGUUGACUGGCUCAUUGAGGUGCAUGAUAAAUUCAACCUCAUGCAAGAGACAUUGUUUCUUACAAUUAAUCUCAUAGACAGAUUCUUGGCCAAACAAACUGUGAUAAGAAAGAAGCUUCAGCUGGUUGGUUUGGUUGCCAUGCUUUUGGCUUGCAAGUAUGAGGAAGUUUCUGUGCCGGUGGUUGGCGAUUUAAUCCUUAUUUCGGAUAAAGCUUACACAAGGAAGGAUGUUCUGGACAUGGAGAAGUUGAUGCUCAACACAUUGCAGUUCAACAUUUCUGUGCCAACUGCAUAUGUUUUUAUGAGAAGAUUCCUGAAGGCAGCUCAAGCCGACAAAAAACUUGAGCUGCUGGCUUUCUUCUUGAUAGAGCUCUCUCUUGUGGAAUAUGAUAUGCUGAAGUUCCCGGCAUCUUUGCUAGCUGCGGCCGCAGUCUACACGGCUCAAUGCACUGUCAGUGGCUUCAAACAAUGGAACAAGACAUGUGAAUGGCACACAAACUACUCAGAAGAUCAGAUAUUCGAGUGCUCUCGGAUGAUGGUUGGCUUACACCAGAAGGCCGCGACUGCGAAACUCACUGGUGUGCGUAGGAAGUACAGUUCAUCUAACUACAGCUAUACUGCAAAAUGCGAACCGGCAUGUUUUCUUCUGGAGAACCAAUUCUAGCAGGACCAUGUGUAUAGAAACAUUGGUGGCUGGUGAAUUGAAAUUUAUUUCUUGGAUUCUGAUGAGAAGUUACCUUGUUUUUCAUCAUUUAUUUUUUCUUGUUCUUAUGUUCUUAGGUGAACAUAAUUUAGUACAUUUUAAAUCUAUAUUUUCCCUAGUAGUUCUCCAUUGAAUAAAUAAUGGGAAUGGAUGGUACAGAUACAAUUUUAUUCUCCUUUUGCU